AUGUUCAAAGUACUUGAUUUAUAUACCAAUGCGUUGAGGAAACGACCCAAGACUACCAAUGCUAUAAUGACAGGUGUGCUAUUCGGUUUAGGGGACGUUUCCGCACAACUGAUGUUUUCGUAUCCUAAUGAUUCUAAACACACUCCGUUGAGCCAUGGAGAGACUCUUGACGACAUCGCUAAGAGCAAAGGCUGGGUAUAUGACGUACCGCGGACUCUCCGAGCAGUAUCCUACGGCGCCCUUAUUUUUUCCUUCAUUGGGGAUAAGUGGUAUAAGAUUCUAAAUUUUAAAGUCAAACUGAAGGGAAAACCCUCCUCAGAUUGGUCCAAUAGGUUGUUGAGGGUUGGAGUGGAUCAACUAUUGUUUGCUCCCUUGUCGCUGCCGUUCUACUUCAGUUGUAUGACGAUAAUGGAAGGUGGGAAUUGGGGGACGAUAAAGAAUAAGUUGAAGAACCAGUGGUGGAGCACUCUAGUAACGAAUUGGGCUGUUUGGCCCUUGUUCCAAAGUAUCAAUUUCUCGUUUGUCCCUCUGCAACAUCAAUUGUUGGCGGUGAACACCGUAGCCAUCUUUUGGAACACUUAUUUGUCAUACAAAAACGCCACUUUUUCCAUGGAACCACAUCAUAUGAUUGUGGACUGA